AAUAAAAUCGAACAAACAUAAUGAACGUCCCUCUUCUCUCUUCAGUCUUUCUCCUUCUCCUCACCGUCACCCUCUUCUCUCCACCUCUUUCUCCUCUGGCACUCACUGACGUGUCCGAGCUACGCCGGUCCGACUCUCCGGUCUCGCUCGCUCACUCACUGUGUCACCGUCGCCCUCCCUGCCAUCGUCUUUGCCGGCGUCAAAGGGAACCAGUCAACCAGCGUCUGAGGUCGUGGUCGUCUUCUACUCUUCUUGUUGCCGUCGUCAGUUGGUUAAACACCAUUACACGACGUACGUUGAGAUCCGAUCAUAGAACCUCUCAGUGAUUCGCAAUGUCUACCGCCGCAUCCAGCUCUUGGGGUACUGCGCUCGUUAAGAUCUCUCCUUACACCUUCUCCGCCGUCGGCAUCGCCGUCUCCAUCGGUGUCUCUGUUCUCGGUGCUGCUUGGGGGAUUUACAUAACUGGUAGCAGCUUGAUCGGUGCUGCAAUCAAGGCUCCCCGAAUCACUUCCAAGAAUCUCAUUAGUGUAAUCUUCUGUGAAGCUGUUGCUAUAUAUGGUGUUAUUGUGGCUAUUAUUCUACAAACAAAAUUAGAAAGCGUUCCUUCAUCACAGAUCUAUGCAGCCGAGUCUCUUAGGGCUGGAUAUGCAAUCUUUGCUUCUGGACUUAUUGUUGGCUUUGCAAAUCUUGUUUGUGGAUUGUGUGUAGGGAUCAUUGGAAGCAGCUGUGCAUUGUCUGAUGCUCAAAACUCCUCUCUCUUUGUGAAGAUUCUUGUGAUUGAAAUUUUUGGUAGUGCUCUUGGGCUAUUUGGAGUUAUUGUUGGAAUCAUUAUGUCAGCUCAAGCAACAUGGCCAACAAAAGUUUAAUUUGCUUUCAUAUAAGAGAGUGGGAAUACAAUUAUGGUGGAGCACAAUAUUUUCUCUGUACUGCCAAGUGAUUGAAGAAGUCAUACCUAGUUACCUUUGUUGGUAUGAAUGUAAAGUCCAGCGUAGUAGCUUUGCCUCCAUUGAAACUUUUAGGUUGUACCAUUUACCAAUAAGUAGUUAGAAUGUACUGUGUAUCAUCAUCAAAGACAUCAAGCUGUUGGUUGGAUUUCAAUAUGUCUUGGAGGACUAAUUUUGAAGUGUUUAUUCAUUUAAUAAAAAAGAUGUGAAGUUA